GGCGCUACGGAAUGUGCUAGUAGAGGCAGAACCAUAUAAUAGUAAUAAAAAAAAUGAGAGAAGACCACUCCCCACGUCGUAACAAUACAAUUGAAAAUACUUUGACAGAAUUGCUACCCAAUCGACUUUAUUUCGGUUGCUUUCCCAAUCCUGAUGCUAUCGACAAAUCAGAUAAAUCAGUAAAGAAAACUUGCUUCAUCAAUAUCAACAACAAGUUUCAUUACGAACCUUUUUACGAGGAUUUUGGUCCAUGGAAUCUUUCAGUUCUCUAUCGAUUAUGUGUCCAAGUAGGCAAACUGCUAGAGGUCGAAGAAAAGCGAAGCCGACGAGUGGUGCUUUUUUGUCAGGAUGAUGGGACAGGGCAAUAUGACAAAAUACGAGUAAAUACUGCCUAUGUACUCGGAGCAUAUCUGAUAAUCUAUCAAGGAUUCUCUGCCGACGAUGCAUAUUUGAAAGUGUCUUCCGGAGAAACUGUAAAAUUUGUUGGAUUCCGUGAUGCCUCUAUGGGAUCACCUCAAUAUCUUCUCCAUUUGCAUGAUGUUUUGCGAGGAAUCGAAAAAGCAUUGAAAUUUGGAUGGCUCGACUUCUCAGACUUUGACUAUGAGGAAUAUGAGUUUUAUGAGCGCGUUGAGAAUGGAGAUUUCAAUUGGAUUAUCCCAGGAAAAAUUCUAAGUUUCUGCGGGCCUCAUAAUGAAAGCCGCGAGGAGAACGGGUAUCCGUAUCAUGCUCCAGAUGUUUAUUUCGACUACUUCCGUGAGAACAAAGUUUCAACAAUUGUUCGGUUGAAUGCAAAAAACUAUGAUGCUUCGAAGUUCACAAAAGCCGGAUUUGAUCAUGUUGACUUAUUCUUCAUAGAUGGAAGUACACCUUCUGAUGAAAUCAUGCUGAAAUUUAUAAAAGUUGUUGAUAAUACAAAAGGAGGAGUCGCUGUUCACUGCAAAGCAGGUCUCGGGAGAACUGGGACUUUGAUCGCUUGUUGGAUGAUGAAAGAGUAUGGAUUGACUGCUGGAGAGUGUAUGGGUUGGCUACGUGUAUGUCGACCUGGCUCAGUUAUCGGACCACAACAACCUUAUCUCAUUGAGAAACAAAAGUUCUGUUGGUCACUGUCCCAAUCAAAUGGUGUUCAUCUUACUCAAAACAAAGAAGAAAAAAGAAAUGUACGACGUCUUGUUAAUCAAGUGGAUGAUAUAAAUUUAGGAGAAGAAAGGAUAUCUCCGAAAAGUCGAGAAAACACUCGUCCAAAUAUCCUUCGAAGGCGUGUGCAAGUUCAAAAUGGAAGGUCAACUGCUCCAGUAACAAUAGCCCCUGCUGGAACAUCCGAAUCUAGAAGAUCCACUAAACCAUCUCGUGUCGUCGAUGAGACUGCUCUAGACGAUCAAGGAAGAUCACAAGGCGACCGACUUCUACAAUUGAAAGCCAAGCAUCAACACGAAUCAGAGACAACAAGUCCCAACAGUUCCUCGAGUCGGAGAUUUGUCAAAAGUUCAACACCACAAAUGACUGUUCCGAGCCAAGCAUAUUUGAAUCGAAAUCGUGAACCAAUUAUUGUCACACCGUCAAAAAAUGGAACAUCAUCUGGAACGAGUAGCCGUCAGUUAAAAACAACACCAAAUGGAAAUGUUGCUUAUCGAACUAGAAAUUCAUCAGGAAAUACCACGUCAACUCUUACUAGAACUCCAGCAUCUGCUGUAUUCCCGUCAAUGGCAUCUCGAAGAAGUGAGACCACACGAUACUUGUCACCGACUACACCAAUAAAACCAAUGUCCCCUUCAUAUACCGAUGGAACCAGCCCCCGCUAUAAGGCGAGACUCCGAUCUGAAAAUCCAAUUGGAAGUACCACAUCUACUCCAUUCAGCCUUCAACCACAGAUAACCAAAUGCUCUUUGACUGCUGAAAGCAAGCCACCAAAGCGGAUACUCUCAAUGCCAGGGACUUCUAAAUCUACGUCCUCUCUCAAAAAAAUUCAAGUCUCCCGACCAAGACCGUAUCCAUCAACAGGGGUUCGUGUAGAGCUAUGUGCCAAUGGGAAAAGCUAUGAUAUUAGACCAAGGAAAGAAGCUCACGUUAUUCCUGGAGCUGGUCUCGCAGCGAAUACAGAAGCUCUUUUAGGGGUAUGUAAACUUGUGAACACUUUGAGUUAGAACUUCAUCAAGAAAUAUUAAGGCUCAAUUUUUUACAGAAAAGAAGAAAAACUGCCUCGUAAUUCGUAAGAACGACAUCGAAAUCAGAUAAACUCUCAACUUCUCAUAAUUUUUCAAAUUUCAUAAUAUUCACUAGUUCUCAAACUUUUAUCCUAUUUCUAAAAUACAGCUCCCAGCAAGCGAUUGACAUUUUACCUUGUCUAGUCCUUUCUCCGAUAAUAAUGCCAUAAUAUUACAUCUGCCUUUACAAACCUUAGCUUUCAAACUUGUCGAUCGAACGACUUUUGUAUUCAUGAAUUAAUCAUUGUAUGUAUAUUCAAAAAACUGUAUCAUAGUGCAUGCCAACUGACGCAGGCGUCGAAAAAUUUUAUGUAUUAUUGAUGGUUUCAUUGCUUUAUUCACUUUAUUCAUUGGAAAAUUGUAAAAUUAUUGCUUGAUUAUAAAUCCUAAUAAAUCUCGAAAAAAGUGUGCGGCGAUAUUGCAGUGGGCGGAGUUUCAGAAUAUUCAGUUUUAAAUUUUGAUAUAAUUUUUCUCUUUUGAUUUCCGAAAAUUGAGCGUUUUCUUUUAAAUUCUAUUUUUCAGAUGCUAGAAAAU